UAGUAUUUAUUGGUUAGGUUACUAACUUAUCAUUCAUCACAUAGCCACCGCACAGACAUCGAAUGUCGCGCAUUUUUACGUCAUUAUGCAUGCUCGGUUAUUAUACACAUUUAAAAUUGGUGCGCUUUUUGCACGUAACCACAUAAACUCUACGACCAAUCACAGGAUUAUGUUGAUAGAAGUGGUUCUGUGAUUGGCGAUACGCAGGUUACGCUUAUGCAAGUUACGCUCCAUGUGGUGCCACCCUUAAAAUAGUGACUAACGUUAGAAUUACUAUAAAACAAACGAAGCGCAUCACAUUUGUUUGGAAAGUCGCAUACACGUGCAAUAAUGUUAAGUUUGUUCGAAUUUGCGCGUCUUCUUGAUAAUAAAGAAGAAUUAAUAGAUUUUUUAAUUCAGCAUGGCGUAUUAGCAAAUACAAUUAAGUGUAGUCGGUGCGGUAACGAUAUCAAUAUUAAUAAAGAUACAUUAAUAUAUCGAUGUACAAGACGAUCUUACAUAAAGAACGUACACAAGAGACGUGUUUCCAAGAUGUGCAACUUCUACAGAACUGCUAGAGUUGGUACUUGGUUCCAUCAAAGCAAUUUAGACAUUGCUACUAUCUGUAAGAUAGUAGCAUGUUUUUUGAUGUUCCGGCAUCCACGGCAGGACGACACAGUGGAUGAAACUGGCGUAGCGCGGGCCACAAUUGUAGAUUGGUUCAGUUUUUGCCGAGAGGUCUGUGUGUUCUGGGUAGACAAGCAUAGCGAGAAGCUCGGUGGCCCAGGACAUACAGUUGAGAUCGACGAGGCAAAAAUUGGAAAAAGAAAAUACAAUCGUGGCCGACUCGUUAAAGGGAACUGGAUUUUUGGAGGAUACGAGCGAGAAUCAAAGAAAGUCUUCAUCGUUCCAGUCGAGGAUCGGACAGAAGAGACACUCCUGAAGUGUAUCAAGGAAUGGAUUCUGCCAGGAACCACCAUCGUGUCAGAUUGUUGGAAAUCCUACAAUUGCUUAAACAAUGAAGGCUUCCAACAUCUGACAGUGAACCAUUCCUACAAUUUUGUCGAUCCUGAGAGUGGUGCACACACUCAACAUAUAGAGCGCGUUUGGAGAGAGGUUCAGGGAAAUAUUCCAAAAUACGGAACUAGAUCCGAACAUUAUGUUGGAUAUUUGUCCGAAUUUCUUUUCAAACGCACCUAUAGCCGACUGGAACGCAUUGAAGCUUUCUUUAAGACCAUCGCGGAGCUGUAUCCUCCAAUGUCCGAAAACUUGCCAGCAGAAUUCGAGGACCAACAGGAACCAAGUACCAGCACAGCUUGAAGACACAUUUCUUGUAUAUGUUCUUUAUACCAUUUUUGAUAUCAUUACCGCACUGACAUUAUCAUUACACUUAAUUGUAUUUGAAAAUAUGUUGAAUUAAAAAAUCUAUUAAUCUUUUAUACUUUAAUUUAUAAUUUCGCGCACUUGUCUUAACUCAACGUAUGCACAGCGCAUAUUUACGUCACUGCAUAUGAUGUGCAUUUAGUCCGAUUUCGUCGGUAUGACAGAUUUCCUAACCCUAAAAGUUGUCAACUUUAACAAUUAAUAUCUCGCUUCG